CACUGAUGUGGACGCUGACACUGUCUGUUUUCCUGUAGACCUGCCUCAGGAACGUACUGUCGAGCCACAAGAUGCGCACUAAGAGCUACAGCUGGGGAGGAGCUUCGGGAUUUUACCCCUUGUUUCACGCCACUUUGGAGUGAGACUCGUCUGCAAAAGGAGAUAUAGGAGAAAAGUUGUCUUCACAGACUAAAUCUAGCAUCUGACGACAGAAUGAGCCCUCCAGAUACAUCCAACACCUCGAGCGAUGGGGAGGCUGGUGAAACAGAUCCCUGGUUUCUUCUCAACAACAGCAUGGGUUUACACACACCCGGUUUCCACACUGACAUCACCAAGCACCUUGGAGUCCAGAUCACCCUGAUCACAGCAUAUUCCCUAAUCAUUCUGCUAGGGCUGCUGGGAAAUGCUCUUGUCAUCUACAUGAUCAUUCGUUACAGAAACAUGCGAACAGUGACCAACUUCUUCAUAGCAAACCUGGCCCUGGCAGACCUCCUGGUGGACACCCUCUGCCUGCCCUUCACUCUGGUUUACACUCUGCUGGAUGAGUGGAAGUUUGGGGCGGUGUUGUGCCACAUGGUGCCAUUUGCCCAGGCCCUGAGUGUGCAUGUAUCCAUCCUGACCCUCACUGUCAUCGCUCUAGAGCGGUACCGCUGUAUCGUCUUCCACCUUGGCCGGCGCCUCACAUGGCAUUCCAGCUUCCUCAUCAUGGCACUCACCUGGACUAUGUCAGCAGUCCUGGCAGCGCCCCUGGCCAUCUUCAGAGAGUACCGCCAUGAAGAGAUCCCUUCCAUCAACCUGCGUAUCUCUGUCUGCUCUGAGAAGUGGCCCCACGGGACCAGCAGGGAUGGGGUCAUCUACAGCCUCUCAAUGCUGCUCCUUCAGUACAUCCUUCCCUUAGCCAUCAUCAGUUACGCUUACAUCUGCAUCUGGGUCAAACUGAAGAACCAUAUCAGCCCGUCCAGCCGUAGCGACAGCAUCAACCGCCGCAAAAAGACGACCAAGAUGUUGGCACUGGUAGUGGUGGUGUUUGCUAUCUGCUGGCUGCCAUUCCACGUGUUUCAGCUGGCCAGUGAUCUCGACCUGGUGCUCAGGUUUAAGGAGUACAAACUUAUAUACACAGUGUUCCAUAUCAUUGCUAUGGGUUCGACUUUUACCAAUCCUGUCCUGUACGGCUGGAUGAAUAAAAACUACAGGAAUGGCUUCCUCAUGGUCUUUCGUUGUGAGGAUAAGCCAGAUGCUUUCCACCCCGAAGGCUCGUUCAGGACACGGUCUUCAAGAAGGCUGAUGCUGAAUGGUCGUAAUGGUGGACAUCCUCCAACUGCAGUUUGAAAUCAACACAAUUUAAAAUGCCUGUAGGAUGUGACUGAGCACAUUUAACGCACCUCUGGUUUGUGGUGCUUGUGGUUCAAAAGUAGCCUUUUGACUUGAAUUGCCUGAUUAUUAGUAUCUCUGGGACUAGAGAGGGCUCGGAGCUUUGCAUGCAAAUUGCUUUAUGUAAGGCUUUUCUUUCCUUUGUGAAUGGUACUAGUUAAAAUACAUCUGUCAAUCCUAUUCAAAUACAUGUUUAAGAUAUUAACUAGGCUGUUAAAGAACUUAGUACAAUGUUAUAUGUGUUUUCUGUAAAUGCAGAGCUGUUGUUGAUCAGUUUUGUCCAAUUAAUGAUGCAUUCACUGCAAACAUUGCCUGAGGCUAUUAUUGUAUUCAUACCUACUGAAGGAAAAAGGUCAAUAUUGUGACUGUGUGAACAGGUUUCUUUUUUCUCACUCGUUCUUCUCUUUGUUGGGUUUCACUUAAUUAAUCUGAAUGCUGCAUUUUCGAUUCACUCAAAAGUCCUUGCCGAGUAACAUUCAAUUCCUGCCCAUGUCCAUCCAGAGGAAGUGUUGAUCUGUCAAACCAGGAAGUUAAUUGUGCUCACCUGGCAACCAGCUGUUCUCGAUUAGAGGAACCAGCUGUGUCCAAAGGAAUAACAUCGAAGACUCUGAUAUUUUCGGCACAUAAUGUGUGCAGCUGCUUUGAGGAUAUGUAAAAAAGGGAUUUGGAUAAACAAAAAACAUGCAAUUCUACACUCAGCUGCUAAAGUGAUUUUUGUGGUGGUCUGUUAAUAAAGAACACAAGAACAUUAAUCAACCACACUGCCUCUGGGCAUAUAGUGAACACCCGCUGUACACAUAACUCAUCAGGAGAAGAAAUGAUAUGUGUUUCAAAUAAGCAAAGUUUGGAUGAGUGGAUUAAGUUAAGAAAGGACUAAGGUCAUUCAGGUCAGGUCUGUUUCCCUCUAAAACUCAAAAUAGUGGCAUAUUCUAAAAUGUUUUCAACAAAGCUUCCAUACAUGGAUUACUCUCGGGGUGUGUGCCGUGGUGCAUGCACCCUCCAUACAGUAAUAAAGGAAAGAUCAACUUUCCAUGAACGACAGCUGAGAAUCCAUCUAGGUGGGAAGACAGUCUGCACAAAGAAGGAAAAAAUAAGCAUUUUGAGAAAUAAUUGAAAUGAAUCCUGCACAAAACAUUCAGACUUCAUUUUUGAACAACAAAAAGAACCAGUGGGUCCAAAUAACAUCAAAUAAAGUAUUUAUUGAACACCCAGCUGCAGUGUGAUUCAUUUUACAGCAAAUAAAACAUAUAUUGAUUUUGUGCUGCUGGUUCUUGACACCCACAUUACUAAUGUCCUAGUUUAGCCUAUGUUUUUUAUUUAUGUAUGGUAGAUUAUUAUAAGAAUUCCUGGCCUUAAU